GGCCGCUGUCAGCUGGUGCGGCCCGCGGGACCCUCCCGUUGGCGCGCACACGCUCCCGGGACCCCCGCGCGGGGACAGCCGCGUCGUGCAUCGGCGUGACGCCUGAGAAAGUCCACCAUGGAGUUAGCACACAGUUUGUUGCUGAACGAGGAAGCUCUGGCUCAAAUCACAGAAGCAAAGAGACCCGUGUUUAUCUUUGAAUGGUUGCGCUUUCUUGACAAAGUCUUGGUUGCUGCCAACAAGACGGAUGUGAAGGAAAAACAGAAAAAACUCGUGGAGCAGUUGACGGGGUUGAUCAGCAGCUCCCCGGGCCCGCCCACCCGGAACCUCCUGGCUAAGAACCUCGCGGCCCUGUACAGCAUCGGGGACACCUUCACCGUCUUCCAGACGCUCGACAAGUGCAACGACAUCAUCCGGAACAAAGAUGACACGGCGGCUUACCUGCCUACGAAACUGGCCGCGGUGGCGUGCGUGGGCGCGUUCUAUGAGAAGAUGGGGAGGAUGUUAGGCAGCGCCUUUCCAGAAACGGUCAACAACCUUCUGAAAGCUCUGAAAAGCGCAGAGUCUCAAGGACGGAGUGAAAUCUUAAUGAGCCUGCAGAAAGUUCUGGAUGGACUGGGGGGCGCCGCCGCGUCCUCCCACCGCGACAUCUACAAGAAUGCCAGGUCCCUGCUGACCGACAGGUCCAUGGCUGUGCGCUGUGCCGUCGCCAAGUGCCUGCUGGAGCUGCAGAACGAAGCCGUGUUCAUGUGGGCCGCCGAGCUGGAGAACAUCGCCACGCUCUGCUUCAAGGCGCUGGAGAACUCCAACUACGGCGUCCGGGUGGCCGUGGCCAAGCUCCUGGGCACCGUCAUGGCGACCGCGCUGAUGCCCAAGCAAGCCACAGUCAUGCGCCAGAACGUGAAGCGAGCGACCUUCGACGAAGUCCUGGAGCUCAUGGCCACGGGCUUCCUCCGGGGAGGCUCCGGCUUCCUGAAGAGCGGCGGGGAGAUGCUGAAGGUCGGGGGCUCCGUCAACCGGGAAGUGAGGGUCGGCGUCACCCAGGCGUAUGUCGUCUUCGUGACGGCCCUGGGCGGCCAGUGGCUGGAGCGCAGCUUCGCCGCCUUCCUGUCGCACGUGCUGGACCUGGUGUCCCACCCUCGGGCCACGCAGACCCACGUGGAGGCCGUGUACUCGCGGCGCUGCGUCUCCUUCAUCCUGCGAGCCACCGUGGGCAGUCUGCUCGGCGAGAAGGCCCAGAUCGCGGCCGCCAAGGAGGUCUGCCAGGCCAUCGGGAAGCAGAUGAAGGCCGUGGAGACGGUGAUGAGCGACACCAGCGGCGAGAACAAGUCGGGAGCGGCGGACGUGGCGGCCAGCCAGCACGUGAUGGUGUGCGCGCUGCAGGAGCUGGGCAGCCUGGUGCAGGGCCUGAGCGCCAGCGCGGCGCCCCUCAUCCAGGAGACGUCCAUCGGCCUCCUGGAGACAGUGACGUCGGUGCUCCUGCACCCCAGCAUGGCCGCCCGGCUGGCCGCCGCCUGGUGCCUGCGCUGCGUGGCCGUGGCCCUGCCGUUCCAGCUGACCCCCUUCCUGGACAGGUGUGCCGAGCGCCUCAACAGCCUGAAAAGCUCCCCGGAAGCCGUCAGCGGCUACAGCUUCGCCAUGGCCGCUCUGCUGGGCGGUGUGCACCAGUGCCCGCUGGGCAUCCCGCACGCCAAGGGAAAGACGGUGGUGAGCAUCGCCGAGGACCUCCUGCGGACGGCGGCCCAGAACAGCCGGCUGUCCCUGCAGCGCACCCAGGCCGGCUGGCUGCUGCUUGGCGCGCUCAUGACCCUCGGGCCGUCCGUGGUGCGCUACCACCUGCCCAAGAUGCUGCUGCUGUGGCGAAACGUCUUCCCGCGCUCCCUGAAGGAGCUGGAGGCCGAGAAGGCGCGGGGCGACUCCUUCACCUGGCAGGUGACGCUGGAGGGCCGCGCAGGAGCACUCUGUGCCAUGAGGAGCUUUGUUGCGCAUUGCCCCGAACUCCUGACCGAGGACGUCAUCCGGAAGCUGAUGACCCCCAUCGAGUGUGCCAUGACGAUGAUGUCCCACAUCCCGUCCGUCAUCAAGGCCCACGGGGCGCACCUGAAGGCCAGCGCCGCCAUGGUCCGCCUCCGCCUCUACGACAUCCUGGCGCUGCUGCCGCCCAAGACUUACGAAGGUUCCUUCCACGCCCUCCUCCGAGAGCUGGUCGCUGAGUUCACGCUGACGGACAAUUCAGCCAACACCACCACGUCCCUCCUGAGGUCCCUGUGCCACUACGACGACAGCGUGCUACUGGGCUCCUGGCUGCAGGAGACUGACCACAAGUCCAUCGAGGACCAGCUGCAGCCCAACAGUGCGUCGGGCAGUGGGGCACUGGAGCACGACCCCUCAUCCAUCUACCUGCGCAUCCCUGCCGGGGAGGCCGUGCCGGGGCCGCUGCCGCUGGGCGUGUCCGUCAUCGACGCCUCCGUGGCCCUGUUCGGCGUGGUGUUUCCCCACGUCUCCUACAAACACCGCUUACAGAUGCUGGACCACUUUGCCGAGUGCGUGAAGCAGGCCAAGGGCGUCCGGCAGCAGGCCGUGCAGCUGAACAUCUUCACCGCGGUGCUCAGCGCGCUCAAGGGCUUAGCCGAAAACAAAAGCACACUGGGUCCCGAGGAGGUCCGCAAGUCGGCCCUGACGCUGGUCAUGGGCGCCCUGGACAACCCCAACCCCAUCCUGCGCUGCGCGGCCGGCGAGGCCCUGGGGAGGAUGGCGCAGGUGGUGGGCGAGGCCUCCUUCAUCGCCAGGAUGGCCCAGUACAGCUUUGACAAGUUGAAGUCGGCCCGCGACGUCGUGUCCAGGACGGGCCACUCCCUGGCUCUGGGCUGCCUGCACCGCUACGUCGGGGGCAUCGGCUCGGGGCAGCACCUGAAGACCAGCGUCAGCAUCUUACUGGCGCUGGCGCAGGAUGGAACCUCCUCCGAAGUCCAGACCUGGUCCCUGCACUCGCUCGCCCUGAUAGUGGACUCCAGCGGCCCCAUGUACCGCGGCUACGUGGAGCCCACCCUGUCGCUGGUCCUCACCUUGCUGCUGACCGUCCCGCCCUCGCACACCGAAGUCCACCAGUGUCUGGGCCGCUGCCUGGGCGCCAUCAUCACCACCGUGGGCCCCGAGCUUCAGGGGACGGGCGCAACCAUCUCCACCAUCCGCUCCUCGUGCCUGGUGGGCUGCGCCAUCACGCAGGACCACUCGGACUCGCUCGUGCAGGCCGCGGCCAUCUCCUGCCUCCAGCAGCUGCACAUGUUCGCGCCACGGCACGUCAACCUGUCCAGCCUCGUGCCCAGCCUCUGCGUGCACCUGUGCAGUUCCCACCUGCUGCUGCGCCGGGCGGCUGUGGCGUGUCUCCGGCAGCUGGCACAGCGGGAAGCCGCCGAGGUCUGCGAAUACGCCAUGAGCCUCGCCCGACACUCGGGGGACAAGGAGAGCAGCGGGGCCAGUGUCGGCGCCUUCGCGCCUGGACUCGGUUCUCGGAGCGACGCGCACUGCCGGCAUGUGGGCGUCAACAUCACGGAGACGGGGCUCGAGGGGCUCCUCUUCGGGAUGCUGGACCGGGAGACGGACCGGAAGCUGUGCUCGGACAUCCACGACACGCUGGGCCACAUGCUGUCGUCGCUGGCCGUGGGCAAGCUGGCCCACUGGCUCCUGCUCUGCAAGGACGUGCUGGCCGCCUCCAGCGAUGUGAGUACGGCCGCGCCCCUGGGCGGCGGGAAGGACGAGGAGGCCGAGAAGAAGGACGAGAUGGACGACGACUCCAUGUUCACGACGCUCGGGGAGGACGACAAGGCCAAGCCCUCGGUGGCGCCGCGCUGGGCCACGCGGGUGUUCGCCGCCGACUGCCUGUGCCGCGUCACCCACCUGUGCGAGGGCGCCCACCCCGCGCACUUCGACCUGGCCCUGGCGCGCGCCGCCAAGCUGCGGGAGCCGGCCAACGACUUCCUGGUGCUGCACCUCUCCGACCUGAUCCGCAUGGCCUUCAUGGCGGCCACCGACCACAGCAGCCAGCUCCGCAUGGCCGGCCUGCAGGCGCUCGAGGUCAUCAUCAAGAAGUUCGCGUCCGUGCCCGAGCCGGAGUUCCCCGGCCACGUCAUCCUGGAGCAGUACCAGGCCAACGUGGGAGCUGCUCUCAGGCCCGCCUUUUCCCAGGACACCCCGUCGGACAUCGUCGCGAAAGCUUGCCAGGUGUGCAGCACGUGGAUCGGAAGCGGCGUCCUCAGCGACCUCAGCGACCUCCGCCGCGUGCACAAUCUGCUCGUCUCCUCGCUGGACAAAGUCCAGGCGGGCCGGGGCUCGAGCAGCCAGCUGUACCGCGAGAGCGCCACCACCAUGGAGAGGCUGGCCGUGCUGAAGGCCUGGGCAGAGGUCUACGUGGUCGCCAUGAACACGAAGAAGGAAGCGGAGUCCAGGCCGCGAAGGGCCCCGCGGGGCGCCGAGGAGGACGAGGCGGACGAGGGGGCCCGGGACGAGCUGCCGCCCGACAGCCUGGUGACGCUGGUGCAGCCGGAGCUGCCCACGCUGAGCCGCCUCUGGCUGGCCGCACUCCGGGACUAUGCGCUGCUCUCGCUGCCCGCCGAGUUCGCCAGCCAGCUGCCCGCUGACGGAGGAGCGUUCUACACCCCCGAGACCAUCGACACGGCGCGGCUCCACUACCGCGACUCCUGGGCGCCCAUCCUGCACGCCGUGGCUCUCUGGCUGAACAGCACCGGCUUCUCCUGCAUGGACGAGGCGGCGGCCACGGCGGGGUCGCAGAAACGCCCGCCCCCGGGAGCGGGGCCCCCCGGCAAGCCUCUGGCGGACAUCAACAAGGACCGGAUGCACCUGAUCCUCGGCGUGAGCAUUCAGUUCCUCUGUUCCCCGAGACCCGAGGAGCCCGUGGAGCACGUCACCGCCUGCCUGCAGGCCUUGCACACGCUGCUCGAGGCCCCCUACGCGCGCGCCCACAUCGCCGAAGACCAGCUCAUCGGCGUGGAGCUGCUGAGUGCCCUGCACCGCCUCCUGCUCACCUGGAACCCGCCGUCGGUGCAGCUGCUGGUGACGGCCGUGGCACAGCAGAUCGUCAGGGCCGCACAGGACCACUGGCAGGAGCGGCGGAGUGCGCUAAGUGAGGACGACCCAGACGCCGCCUCGCUCGGGGAGGGCGGGGACAGCGGGGGCCUCGUGCCCGGCAAGUCCCUCGUGUUCGCCACCAUGGAGCUGCUCAUGUUCCUCCUCGUGCGGCACCUGCCGCAGCUCAGCGCCAAGACGUCCCCGAGCCGCGCGGGCACCAGGGCCCAGCUGUCGGAGGAGAGCGCCCGCCUGGUGGCCGCCACCGUCGCCAUCCUCUCGGACCUGCCGUCCCUCUGCUCGCCGGCUGGGUGCCUGACGAUCCUGCCCACGAUUCUGUUCCUCCUGGCGAGGACCCUGAAGGACACCGCCGUGAAGUCUGCGGAGAACCAGGUGCCCCUGCCGGUCACGGCGGCCCUGCAGGGCCUCAAGAGCAUCGUCACGCUCUCGCUGGCCAGGACCGAGGACACGCGGAGGCAGUGGACGGCGCUGAUCCGGAGCACCCUCGCCUGCAUCCUGGAGAACCCACAGCCAGAGGACUCCGUGUCUGCCCCCGACGAGGUCAGCAUGCUCACGGCCAUCGCCCUGUUCCUGUGGUCAGCGGGCAGCGAGGUGAUCGGAGUCCCGAGCCUGCAGGCUGGCUGCAUGAGCAGAUUCAAAAACGCGCUCAACUCCUGUGACCCGUGGGUCCAGGCCAAGUGCUUCCAGCUCCUGCCCUCCGUCUUCCAGCACUCCAACCGCGCCCUCUCGACCCCCUACAUCCACUCCCUGGCGCCCAUCGUGGUGGAGAAGCUCAAGGCCGUGGAGAGGAACAGACCGGCCAGCCACACCGAGCUCCUGGCUGUUCAGGAAGGAAUCAAAGUUCUGGAAACGUUGGUCGCUCUGGGCGAGGAGCAGAACCGGGUCCAGCUCCUCGCGCUCCUGGUCCCCACGCUGAUCUCGUACCUGCUGGACGAAGGGGCCUUCGCGGCGGCCGGCGCGGCUUCCCGGGAGCUCCACGAGUUUGCGCUGCAGAACCUGAUGCGCAUCGGGCCCCUCUACCCGCACGCCUUCAAGGCCGUCGUGGGGGCCGCGCCCGACCUCAAGUCGCGCCUGGAGACCGCCGUGCGGGCCAGCCAGGCCAGCCAGGCCAAGGCGGCCGCCCGCCAACCCGCCCCGACCAUCCACUCCGCGCCGACCAUCAAGCUGAAGACCAGUUUCUUCUGACGCGCCGCCCCGGGCCG